AUGCGUGUAUCAAAGCCUGUGAGUUCCACCGACUUGACCCUCGGGUCUCACGCGGUGCGGCUCACAGGUCAUGAGGAAAGUGUUCCCCUUUCCUUAUGGGUGGUUUUGGUGAUAAGAUUACCAGAGAUUUCAUGUCUCUGGCUAAAAAGCGACCCAGACUUCAAUUUAAGGCACAAACGUGACGCAGCGGAGGAAAUUAUUUUGGAAAGUUCUGGCCUAGGAACAAUAAAAAAUCUACGGCUCAAAAUAAGAAGUAUAAGAUGUACAUAUAACCAGGAAGUAACAAAAAUUAACAAGUCAAAGUCUACAGGAUCUGGUACUGCAAAUGUUUAUGUUCCAAAACUGCAGUGGUUUGAGUAUGCGGACAAUUUUUUGAAAAAAAAUAAUGAUGGUGUUAAACAAUCAGAAACAAAUCUAUUCACAACACCUUCAAACUGUUCAAACGAUGCUGAAACAAUUGUUGGUGGCACAAAUAACAAUGCUGAAAUAAUUACUACAGAGCCCGAAAGUGUAUGCAACACUGAUAUACUAAAUGAUACGAAUACAUCUCCAGCUCAAUUAGCAAAGCGCGUGAAGAAAAAAAGUGGACAAAAUUCAAAUAAAAAGUCAAAGAUUGAUUCCUCGUUAGAUAAUGCUGUUGAAACACUAAGAGCUGUAUGCAAACUAAAAGCAACAACUAAUGAAUUUAAUAUUUUUAGCAAUCAUGUAGCGGCUCAAUUGGAAAAAUUACCACUAAGGCAAGCAUUGGAAUGCCAAGAAAAGAUACAGAGCAUGUUGACUAGUGCCCGAUUGAACAUGAUAUCUAGACCAUUAUCACCAGUAUUAAGCGAAACAUCUCAAACAUUUGAUGAUGAUUAUGAUGUUUUAAGUACAGAUAAUGAUACAAUUGAAAUUGUGCCACGCUUCGCUCACCCUAUAAAUGAACCACAGGAUAAUGCACAACUGUAUUAUAAUAACUGGACUGAUAAUGAUUGUUAAUUGUUAAUUUCAUAAAAUUAUC